GGUGACAAGUCGAUCAGCUGUGCUCGCUCUCGGAGGCCUGGGAGAAGUCGGUCUUUAAAGCGUGGUGUUGCUGCUGGGCUCUGAGGCGUGGAGGGUGGGUUACUAGGGGUGGAAGAAGGCGGGUGUUUAUUAUUUUUAAUGUCAUAAGGAGGAGAAGCGGUGAGUGAGUGUUACAGAAAAACAUCAAAGCUGAACUGUAGUUUUUGGACAUUUCUUGACUUUUUCGCUGUUAUUGUCGCAGCCGGGGGGUCCUUGGGGGGGUUUGCAGCCUCGCUCUCUCUCGCUGGAGUCAGUGUGGCGGGCAGGGACAGUCCAGGCGCUCAUAUACAAAGCCAGCACGUUUCACUGUGUCUGCAGCAGCUGAGCGGUGCUGAGCACCACCACCAGCAGCAGCAGCAGAAGCAGAUCUGAGAGGAUUUGGGAGCACAGUUGGAGGAUCGACGACGCAUCGAUGAUGAAGCUCACCUGCUGUUUGCAGGUUGCUGGUCUGAGGUUGGAGGGUGCCGAGUGAGCGGAGGUGUUGCCGAAGCGCUGUCCGAGGUGCUGAAAAGCCCGCGGACAGAGCGCCUUUGUCGCCUUUCCAGUCGAGAUGACACGCACGAACUGACGUGAAUGCCAAGCAGCACAACGCGGCGGUUAACACGGCUCCCCUGGCCAGAGUGCAUGGGACCGCGCGUCCUCUUGGCGUUAGAAACAUGGAGAGAAUUUUCCUGCUCGUCCUGAGCUGUCUCGGCGUCUCUCUGGUCACAGCGGAUAGCUUGUCGCCUCCCGUCAAUGUGACCAUCAGAGAGGUAAAAGCAAACUCUGCUGUGGUGUCAUGGGACAUCCCCGAGGGAGACCCAGUCAUUGGCUUUGCCAUCACACAGCAGAAGAAAGACGUGCGCAUGCUGCGAUUCAUCCAGGAAGUCAACACCACCACGCGAUCCUGUGCAUUAUGGGACUUGGAGGAAGAGACAGACUACAUUGUGCAUGUCCAGUCCAUCUCCAUGUCUGGGACGAGCCCACUGAGCGAACCGCUGCGCUUCCGGACGCCGAAGGAGGCCGAGACUCAGGCCUCUAAGAGUGAAGACGAAGUAACAAUGGAGGAAGUGGGACAGACGACCCAGCUGCGGGCUGGGGAGCUCAUCAUCAUCGUGGUGGUACUCAUCAUGUGGGCAGGUGUGAUCGCCCUCUUCUGUCGCCAGUAUGACAUAAUCAAAGACAACGAGCCGAACAACAACAAGGACAAAGCCAAAAACUCCUCAGAGUGCAGCACUCCCGAGCAUCCGACGGGGGGGCUGUUGCGCAGUAAGGUAUAACCCACCCCCCUCCCCUCCUCCUCUCCCCGGGUGUCUCCCCCUCAGCGGCGCCGGGCAGUUCCCCAAGAACAACAACAACAACAAUAGGAUGCCAUCUGUCAACAUCAUUGAGGUGUGACUGCCAGGACGUCUUCUCUUUACCUAAAAGACUUUGUGUUCUCACAAACAAGCAGGCCCCUUUUAAGCCCAUCUGCUUGUCAGGAUGACGCUGGGACUCUGGGCCCCUCGGCAGCGCCUUCUCUCCUUCGGGCCUGGCGCCAGAGCGAGGCCGCAGGACUCUGGGUGUCGAGCAUGCUCCCUCCGCCUGCGCCGGUGUGAAAAGCAGCGGCUGCUCCGUGCUCAGUGACUACUGCACUGUGGGGCGGCAGCGAUUAGAGCCGAAUGGCUCUGGUGUUGGAGAGACUGCAGAUAAACAGGCCCCAGGGACCAAAGCUGAUAAACAGAGCCAGAGACCUUUUCAUUCUCUCUGUCACCUUCUUCUCAGCGUCUUGCAGUGUGUUAUCAGUGACCGCAAAACCUGGGCAUUUCCCUUUUCUGGGUUGAAAUCGUCUCCUCUGCUUUAAUCUUUUAUAUCCACGCAUAACUUCAUCAUUACAUGUUGCAUUCUGUACUCUUAAAUGGGCUGUUAGGGUGUAGUUGUUUAAAUUUUUACAAGGUGCCACCAGUACAGUUUUGUUGUUCUGGUAUUUUUGUUUCAUUGAUCCUCUCUCGGGCAGAAGCUCUUUGCAAUCUUGUGGAUUCACUUGUUUUUUUUUCCGCCCCCUCAGGGAAUCCAGACUCUACCACCUGGCUAAUUUAUGAGAUGUUUCUAAAAUGUGUUGUGACAACGCCAGAGCAGCUUUUGAGAGGGCUGCUACCAAAGCUGAAUCACCAGGACUCGAUCAACAAGAUAAAAACACUUAAAAGGAACCUCUGAUCUGAACAAAUAUUCACAAUAGAGUUCAUGAGAAGCCAGGUUUCAUCCUACUUCUUGUCCCUCAUGCUUUUAUUCUGAAAUGUUACAUUCCAUGUCCAGAAUGAACCCUUUAGUAUUCCCUCGUGUCUUUCUCUCUGAGGGGGAUGAAUCUCAAAGCAUUCUGGAGAGGAGCAGAACUGCCAUAAUGGAGUGCAUUCAUCUAAUUAACGAACUCUAAAAGGGGCUGGACUCUCGGAAGAAGUGGUCUUUCCUCUUCAGAGACACACAGGAGAUCUCUUAUAUCAGCAAUAACAGCCCUCAGAGGAAGUGUAGAAUCGAGGACUCAAACGCCGCAGCCUCUUUGAAUAAAAUCCCGACCUCUCAGCAUGUUGUAAUGUUCAGGCAGACAAAUGAACUGCACGUCCAGUUUGGAGGGAAUUAACUCCGAGCCCCAAACGUCCUUAAGCGCUGUUGUAAAAACUUUGGUUUCCAGUGGUUAGCAUGGGAUUUUAAAAAAAAAAAUUUAAAAAAUAAAAAAUAAAAAAAUUAAAACUUUUUUUUUGUUAAAUGGGGCCCAACUUGCAACCCUACGAUUUCUUUGUCACCAGACAGAAGGGCUUCUAUUCAGACUUUUUCACCAGUUUAAAGUCAACAUCUGUGCUGAAACAUAAUGGUAUAUGGCACAUCUGGGAGCAAAAUGACGCAUUCGAGGGCUGAUUCAAACUCAGUAGUACUGCCUUAAAAAUAAAUCACACCAUAUGAUUUAUCUAAUAAGAUGGAAGCCCCUGUAUCUCACACCGUGAUAUUUAUCUUCCACCCAGUAUUUAAAUGUGUGUGCAAAGAAAAAGGGAAACAUUACAGAUCGAUGCCGUGUUGUCUGAAAAGCUGGAAGAGGUGGCUGGCCUUUAAUGUGUAAAUACAUUUAAAAUUCCACUCUUGUUUGGUAGCAUCAGUCUGAAGAGCUUUUAAUGAAAUAUGACAAGACUAAAUGGAAGAUAUAUAGUCUCGUAUUGUAAGAGGGUACCGCUACUGCUAGUGAAUUUUUUUUGUUUAGACACGGCUGUUAAAGUCCUGUUAUUGAAUGCGUUUUUCAUGGCACUCCUCUACCGUUAUGUGCUUCUAUUAUGUCAUUAUGCUGUUUAUGUGCAUUAAAAAGAAGAGUGUUUUCGAUGAGGGACACAGCCCUGGAUAUUUCACAUAAUCACCCAGGCGUGGUGUUCGAGGGCCAUUCAAGCUGCUGGGAAUCCGUAUCGACGGGCAGCUUCUCAUUCUGUGAUGCACCGACUCGUCUUUUACUGCGAACGCAACAGGUCCCGGCUCCUCAGCCUUGAAUGCAGUGGAAAAGGGAGGCAGUUAAGAGAAAAAGCAAUGAACAGAAUGAGUAGACUGAUAACUAAUGCAAUGGCAGGUUUCUAUCACUCACGAGCAGCGAGCCCUGCUAUUUGCUGCACACCAUUUCCCCGGUCUCCUUUCCCAAUUUCUUCCUCUUCACCGCAACUGUCACAUGAAGGUUUAAAAUGUGAGUCUGUCUAAUGUAAAGGUCUCUCCUGACUAACACUUCUGUCUAGCCAGGACAAACUUUGGGAAAUUUUCUGUGAAGUGAUCACCACUUUACUUAAAACACUUCACUCAGCUGAAGGCUGAAUCCGUUUUAUCCCCCCGGAACAUUUUCCCCGGUGGCAGACUCUCCGAUCAAUAGGCAUCCGUCCACACAGUGAAGGAUAAUGACGAGAAUCGUCUCCAAUGAUUUCUUUGAACAUCCAACAACAUAUUUAUCCCCUGCAUUCCCCGAAACAGUGAAAGUCCUUUGCUCCUCUUUGGUAUCGAGUCAGCUAGCAACGUAUGAAGUUCAUUUUAAAAGUUGUGAUGAUGGUACGCGUGUUGACACUGUAAAUACUGUAUUCCUUAUUAAAGAUUUAAAUGUAGGGCUAUCGUGGCAGGUUGUCAAACUUUACCAAUAAAUAGUUUGACAUUUUGGGAAUUUGCAGUUACACGAGAAGAUCGACACUUCUCUUAGCAGCUGGUUAAAUUACAGCCAACACAUUCUCAAAGUAAGGCAUCGAAUGCCAGCACGUUGCUAUCCCGGGGUAGAAAAUAAUCCUGUUUUGUCAGAUGCUACAAGAUGCCCUAUGGUGCUGUUACCUUAAUGCACCAGCCACAGCCACCACAACACAACAGUCCAGUUUUAAAGACCCGCAAAGUGAACAUUAGGAAGUUGGAAGUUUGGGUCGUCUGCUGUUCCCGUUGGGAGCUUUCUGUUUAACUCUUCAGUCGCUCUUCAGCUGUGUAAUGAAAGCUGGAGCUUCUUGGGUUAGAGUUCGCACUGGGUCACUCCACUUCACUUUCCUGUCUAAUGUUUGAUCCGCAGCUGUCCCAAAGUGAAUGCAAAACCAAGGGGUCCUAUGCUAGUGUCCAAAUUUCAUGAUUACAAUUAAUUUCCGUCUCACUAACCUCAUAAGUCCCAAAGAACAACUGUGUGCAUCUGUGAGAAACCAGCAGUUUUAACAAAACAGCAGUAUUUGCCCCCUGGGAAUGAGAAUGGGUUGCUGGCUCGAGCAACAGUACAAACGCGGAAGCGCAGUCAGUCUCUUCAUCUAACUAAUGGCUGAGAAAGCCAUCAAGUGGAUGUCUGAAAGUGCCAACCCUUUCCCUUAAGGGUUGCAGCUUCAGCAGCUGAGCACUAGGUGAGCUCUCCAACUUAAUACAUGAAAAUUAUUUAUUUGGUUUUACACACAAGUGUUUGACCAUGUUUAACAGCUACACAGUGGCAUAACAUGUCUAAUUAAGUGGAAGGCAUCUGGGUAUCUAAUUAGAGUCCACUCAUUACAGACAGUGCAGUUCGCUUAGCCCAUCGCUGCUGCUACUGAAAAACUGAUUACUGGGAUUUAAGUUGGCUGAAGGCAACACCCAGCUGCUACCACUCUGACUGGAACAGGUUAAGCAAACGGUGGCCAGAUGAAAAAUCUUUCCUUAAUCGCACUCGACAACCGGUGACGACAGCACGAACUCAACAUUCCACGUGAGCCCUGUGGCGUCAAACCACUCAUUAAAAAAGGCCCGAAACCUUUUCGCCUGCUACCGUUUGUGCUAAAUCAAUGCCUGAGAAAAAAAGAGGGGGAGACGAUGCUCUGUUGCAGUGACGGACCGUUUCGCAACAAUCGCUGGAUUUUAACAACACAUCAUGUGUUUUGUUUUAGAGUAGAAACAUGCCUGGAAAUACAUGAAGUUUGACCGUUUCAUUAUGGGAUUCUUGAAAUUUAGGAAUGAGGAUGACGAAGAAGCAUGGUUUAGUAAAAAUUAACUGCUUUACUAGUGCUAUCAUGUUUAUAUUCAUUGUAUGGAGUGUACAGCAGUCAUUGCUUAAAGAGGGCUAGCAUGGUUUAACUAUUAUGCACAAGGUUACACAACUUCAAUUAUGAAGAAUAUGGUGUAUGCUUACUUGUGUAUGCUUAAAUAAAAUAUCUAAUAUUUUCAAAA